AAAUAUGUGUUUUUUUCGCGCCCUGCUACAAGCUUUCACUCAAAAUCACUCGAUCGUCAGUGUUUCAAUACACAGACGUUGCUAGCUUAGCCAAUUCGAUCUAUCGAUAUCGAAAGCACGAUAACUCAUAGAAGUGCUACCCUGAUACUGUCCUUUUUGACAACGCCAAGAAUUGCCAAAAUUACUCCCAGAAAUUUUAAGCAGAUUUUGAAGGAAGGAAUAAUAUAAUAUGGAAGGAGGCACUUCCAAUCUGGUGGUAACUCAACAGUCGGUGGAAACACAAACCAUGUCCAACUGCCUGCUUCAGCCCAUCUGGGCGGUGAAUAAAUGCGUCAACUCAAAGGAGAGGCUAAACAAUUUGGCACUGAAUCCGCGGAAGAGCCCCCUGUGUCCUCCCCUUGGCGGUCACCUUCUGUCCGUUGUGGGAACCUUCUACAAAAUCAUGGACCAAAUCGGGGAAAUUCCUAUAGGACGCGUGUUAACCGGCACCGUGCUGCUCAAGAUCCUACCGGUCUUUUACGUGGCCAUCAAUGGACAAGGCUCCAAGCUGUUGAAAUGUCUAGCCGAGGGGCAGGUGCAUCUGCAGGAACUGGAGCAGCUGCCCAACUAUGGCGAAAUCUUUGCAUUUUACGACAAAGCCAAGAAUCGCAUCUCUCGCGUCGCCAUCAACGCCCCCGAUUACCCCAUGGGCUACUGUGCCUAUAUGAUCGACGAUGCCAAAUAUACCAACUUGUCCGGCAUGGAGCGCAUCUUCGCGCUGCCCGAUAAUCUUAAGAAGCUGCCGGCGCUAACGAUCAAAUGCCGCCUGGUCAAUGAGGUAUUUAUUACCCAUAAUGUUAGACUGCGCGUCCUCGGCAGUAAUGGCCUCGAACUGUUGGUGGACGACAUCCGGUACACUCCACGCCACCAACCACCACCCCUUGUGGUUAGAGGCGAUGGGCACGGAAACAUGGAUGCGAACGUUCGGGAUGUGGCCAAAUUUGUUGCACGGUAUAAGCCCAAAUGUCGCGAACGGGGCAGCAUUGUACGCGUCCAUGUCACCAGGAUCGUUAGCCAUGCCGAGUUCUACGCCCGAUUCGCUGAUGAUCCAGCAGUGCCUACGUGGAGCAAGGGUGUUAUGAAAAGGGGCACAGGUGAUUUCCGCGUCUGGGACAUGGUUCUGGCCCCAUAUCAGGGGCGAUAUUAUCGCGCCAAAAUCGUUGACAUAUUUCGCGGCCGUUACCGUAUCUACUUUGUGGACUUCGGCGUCACCGAGUAUACAAGCAAGAACAAUCUGACAUUCUGUUAUGAGUUUGAGAAAAUUCAGCACGAUCUGGCCUUUAGAUUUGAAAUAUUGGGAACACGUAGGCCUUACGUAAAUAUACCACCUUACAUAAAUAUCCUACACGGCAUGGAGCAUCUGGAGAACACUGUACUACGAAAGGAUAUCAAAGUCCGCAUCCACAACAUAAUGUCAAGUGGUGUAUAUGUGAUUCAAUUGAUGAAAGGUAUUCACGAGUCCCAUAUGAUCCGCUUGUUUGACGAUUAUUCUUCGAAUUGAUGUAAUUGAAACCAACAGGACCGAAUGUAUUUCAUAGAUAUGAGGCAUGAUUUCUUCAUGUCUUUUAUCUCUUACACUCCAUUUGAAUUGCAUUAAAGACGAACAUUUCUGCGAAA